AUGCCGGCCCGGGGCGCGCCUUUCUCGCGUACAUCGCGGCUGCUGCUCCUCCUGCUGAUGAAGAUUUCUGUCUCUGCUGCCCUGAGCUUUGUUUCUGAGGCCAGGAAUGGAACUUGUCUCGGGGGCAGUUGUCCCCUACUGCUCCAACGCCACAGCAGGGAUGCCCGGGAAACAGGAAAUUCUGCGAGAGACAUUCUGCGAGUUCGUAUGCCCAGGGAGAAACUGGAAGCAGAGGUGAGAGGGGCGACCUCCUGGGACCUCCCACCGGCCCGAGACGGCAAGACAGGUGUGAGUGAAGAGGCGGCAGGUGCCGCAGCCGCUGGUCCCUUGGGUCCUCCAACCAAGCCACCUGCUGCCUGGAGGUGGAAAGGUGCACAGGGUAAAGAGCCAUUGGGAAAUUUGGGGAGAAGGGACCCCACGGACCUCCAACUCUUCCUUCAGACUUCGGAGGGGGAAGAGAUGAGUCCCAGGGGCGCUGGAAUUCCCGGGAGCAGCCAGGAGAAGAGUGUGAAAAUAGAACCUGAACCCAGAGAUCUUUUUUACUGGCCACGGAGAACUGGACAACUCCAGGGUUCCCACCAAAAGCCUCCAGCGGGGCACGAAGGGAGGACCAUUGCUCCCCCAGGCAGGGCACUGCCACAAAACGGGUCUGUAGAUGACUGGAUCCCUGACCAAGGGGGUCCGCGACGUGGAAACAGCACAAGCAGGCGUGUGAGACUGAAGAACCCUUUCUACCCCCUGACCCAGGAGUCCUAUGGCGCCUAUGCAGUCAUGUGCUUAUCUGUGGUGAUCUUUGGGACUGGUAUCAUUGGUAACUUGGCGGUGAUGUGCAUCGUGUGCCACAAUUACUACAUGAGGAGCAUCUCCAAUUCUCUCUUAGCAAACUUGGCCUUCUGGGACUUUCUCAUCAUCUUCUUCUGCCUACCCCUGGUCAUCUUCCAUGAGCUGACCAAGAAGUGGCUUUUGGAGGAUUUCUCCUGCAAGAUCGUGCCCUAUAUCGAGGUGGCUUCUCUGGGCGUCACUACUUUCACCUUAUGUGCACUGUGCAUAGAUCGCUUCCGGGCUGCCACCAACGUCCAGAUGUACUAUGAAAUGAUCGAAAAUUGUUCUUCCACCACUGCCAAACUUGCAGUUAUCUGGGUUGGCGCUUUGCUCUUGGCACUUCCGGAAAUUGUCCUCCGCCAGCUGAGCAAGGAGGAUUUGGGCUUUAGUGGCCAGGCGCCUGCAGAACGGUGUGUCAUAAAGAUCUCUCCCGAUUUACCGGACACCAUCUAUGUUUUGGCCCUAACUUAUGACGGUGCACGGCUCUGGUGGUAUUUUGGUUGCUACUUUUGUCUGCCUACACUUUUCACCAUCACCUGCUCGCUAGUGACUGCCCGAAAGAUCCGCAAAGCAGAGAAGGCCAGCACCCGUGGAAACAAGCGGCAGAUCCAUCUGGAAAGCCAGAUGAACUGCACGGUGGUGGCCCUUACCAUUUUAUAUGGAUUUUGCAUCAUCCCUGAGAAUAUCUGCAACAUCGUCACUGCCUACAUGGCCACGGGCGUCUCACAGCAGACGAUGGACCUCCUCAACAUCAUCAGCCAGUUCCUCUUGUUCUUCAAGUCCUGUGUCACCCCGGUGCUCCUCUUCUGCCUCUGCAGACCCUUCAGCCGGGCCUUCAUGGAGUGCUGUUGUUGUUGCUGUGAGGAGUGCAUCCAGAAGGCUUCCACUGUGACCAGCGAUGACAACGACAACGAGUACACCACGGAGCUGGAGCUGUCGCCCUUCAGCACGAUCCGCAGGGAGAUGUCCACUUUUGCCUCUGUGGGGACCCACUGCUGA